AUGGUCGAAAUUUAUGGUCUCAAAGGAAAAAAGGUCGAAAUUUAUGGUUUCUUCACUCCUGAACGGAACGAACGCCACAACGAUACGGGAGGCCGCCAGCGAGAUGGUUUGAUGUGUUCGAAGGAGGACCAGCUGAGAGAUCAUCUCCAUGCGCCUGAAGGGCCCCGUCAACGUCACUCACGAAACGAUCUAACGAAGGCGAUAAAGCCAAAACGUCAGAUGUUAAUCAAGAGCGAUACCGAUCCUGGCUACAGCUUAAGGAAAAUCAAUCAAAAGACAGAAAUAAGCAGGAGACUGCUUGAAUCUCGUCUUCACAAGGAGCGACGUUAA